AACACAGUAAUACUUAAAAACCGAAAAUGGGUUCACAUUGGCGAGGGUGGGUGCGGCACAGUUAACAGCAUCGCUUCCUCUGCAUCGUGAAGUCGCUUUCUUCUGUCUCAAUUCCCAACUGAGGAAUUUUUAGGUCUGAAGAAAUAGGCAUUCUUGGAUUCAAUGGUGCCGCCCCGGUCACUACGAUGACAAUUGUGUUUGAAAAGGUGUAAUUGUGAUUGGUCAUGGUGGUGGAGAAGGAGAUAGGUUGUGAUUGAUAAAUUUGAUGUGGUAAGGUCAAGGUGUUGAAAGUGGUGCGUUGAAGAGGAAGGUGGCAUAGUUGGUGGCUGAUUAUGGUGGCAACUGGAAAGAACUACCGUCUAGUGUUAGAUGCAAUGGUGAUGUCCUGAUAGGGUGAUCAGGGUAGUGGCUGCAAGAAUGUGAUGCAGUGCAGAUAAUGGAAAGAUGGUGCUGUUUUUUUUAUAUUUUUUUUAAAUAAACUAUUUCUGGUUGCAAUGCCGGUGGAAUGUCAAAUAUUUGAGUGAAAGAUUUGUUUGCCGGGGGCAAUGAGGAUCUGACUUUGUAGCGGGAAAAGUCACUAUUUUUGACUGAAUUUGAGUCAUUGGUUUUAAAUUUAUUGGCCAAGAUUUCAUCAUGUGUUUAGGAUAUUUUUUUUAAUAAAAUAAGUAUGAUAAAAUCUUGACCAUUAAUUCUGAAAUCAAUGACCUAAAUUUUCCCAAAGUCAGUGACUUUUCCUGCCACAAAAUUAGAAAGUCCAAAUUCAGGGCAAUGAUGUGACUUUCAAUCCUUCUUUUUGCAUGAAUAAAGUCCUAUUUCCACCUUAGAUUUUCUCUUAUCUCUGGUAUGUAGGAUUAUUUUUUAUGAUCGUUUCCAGAUCCAGAUCUCUUAUUACAUGUGCAUGACUGACGAUUGACAUGAUUUACUAAUCUUGUUUGUCAAUGUUGUAUGAUGAAUAUGUCUGAUUGCCACUGUUGGAUAAAUGUUGGAAAGUUCAAAAUAUAUGAUGAAUAUGUCCGAUUGCCACUGUUGGAAAGUUCAAAAUUAUAAGGAAUUAGCACCCAAGAAAAAUGAAUUCUGGUGGAUAUACUAUAGAAGUUACAGGAUUAUCACCUAAAGCCACUGAGAAGGAUGUGUAUGACUUUUUUGCUUUCUCUGGUGCAAUUGAGUACGUUGAAAUUGUCAGGUCUGGUGAUAGUGCCUGUACUGCUUAUGUAACAUUCAAAGAUGCUUAUUCUCAAGAAACUGCUUGCUUGCUCAGUGGAGCCACUAUUUUAGAUCAUCGUGUAUGCAUAACUCGCUGGGGGCAGUAUGAAGAUGAAUUUGACUUUUGGAACCGACCCUCCUAUGGGCCUGAGGAGGAUACCGCUUCAACUACUCUACACAGCAGUCAAUUUGUUUCCUCUGCUGGAGAAGCAGUUACUGUGGCUCAAGAAGUUGUCAAGACCAUGCUGGCAAAGGGAUAUGUUCUCAGCAAGGAUGCAUUAGCUAAGGCUAAAGACUUCGACGAGUCUCAUCAAGUUUCUGCCACUGCAACAGCGAAGGUUGCUGAACUGAGCCAGAGAAUUGGCCUCACUGAUAAGAUAUCUGCUGGCGUUGAAGCGGUUAAAUCCGUGGAUGAAAGGUAUAAUGUUUCUGUCACUGCCAAGUCAGCUGCAUCCGCAACCGGAAGAUCAGUAGCAGCAGCUGCAAACACUGUGGUGAAUAGUAGCUAUUUUUCAAAGGGUGCCUUGUGGGUGUCAGGUGCUCUAACGCGGGCGGCACAGGCUGCUGCUGAUUUGGGCAAUCGCAGUGCUAAGCAGUGAGGCAUUGGCACAAGUCAAGUCUCUUUUCUUGUAUAUCUGUCUGCCUUUUCCUAAAAAGCAUUUGUUGUUCCUAUUUUAGUAGUACUUUUAUAUCUUCAGGACACCUGGUGUAUGUAUAUCAGGAGUUUAUAGGUAUAAAAGUAUAGAACAUUGGUACAACGCUUCUUUGUGAAUAACAUAAUACUAAAUGUCAUUAUUGUUAGGAUGUGCAUGAUCAAUUUUACAAACUCU